GCCACUUGAUACAUUUAAGAUACUUGGAUCUCUCUUCUAAUAGUUUUGAAAUGCUGCCAAGUUCAUUAACUAUGCUUUACCACCUUCAAGUCUUGAAUUUACGGAACUGUAAAAUUUGUAGUUUGCCCAGUGACAUAAACAAGCUGAUCAAGUUACGCCAUCUUAAAGCAGAAAGUGAUGUUGUUUCUACGAUUGCAAACAUUGGGAAGCUAACUUCCCUUAAAGAAUUGUCGCUAUUUGAGGUUGACGAGAACAGGGGAAACCAUAUUAAAGAGCUGGAGAACAUGAGUCAUCUUGGAGGACAACUUCACAUCAAAUGUCUUGAUGUUGUCAAGACAAGGGAAGAGGCCAACAAGGCACAUUUGGAUGAAAAAUAUUACCUUAAAGGAUUGCAGUUAGAAUGGGCUUCUGAAAGUGAUAAUGUAGAGGAGGUGCUUGAAGGCCUCCAGCCACCUGACAAUCUUAAAGAGCUAACUAUUAAACGGUACAGUGGCACCAGAUCUCCAACUUGGCUGGGUCCAAGAUGGCUUUCGGAUCUGACAUCCAUUCAUUUGAGCUAUUGUGAGAGAUGGAACGUGCUCCCGCCUCUUGGACAGCUGCAACAUCUCAAGGCUCUUCACAUGGAAGGGUUGAAUGCAGUAACACAGAUUGGUCAUCAACUUUAUGGUAACGACGGUAUCGUGUUUCCUUCCUUGGAAGUGCUGACAUUCAAGUUCAUGUCAAGAUGGGAGGUGUGGUUAGGAGUAGUUGAAGGCCGGCGUUCGUUUCCUCGCCUUCGUAAACUCAGCAUCGCAAGUUGCCCAGAGCUGAAAAGAUUGCCUGUUCUCUCCAUGUUCAAAAAUCAGCGAGAUAACAUCUCUCCUUCCACUUUGCUGAUAUCUGACUGCCCAUGCAUAACAUGUCUUCCUGGUGAAAUGCUGCAUCAACUGAAAAUCUUGGGUGUUAAACGUUGCCCCAGUCUCUCAGUGUCCCCGCCUGGCAAUGAAGGAGAGGAGGUUGUGUUGUCACUUGUUCGCCUCUGCAUAGAGGAUACCCCUCUGCUCAAGGGGUGGUUUCUGUCGAAAGGCCUUCCCUCCCUUCUAGAGUUACAUGUCCAUUGUUAUCCACAACUCAUAUCGUUCAGUAGAGACCAAGAGAUGUGGCUUGAAGGUCUCGUCUCUCUCCAAGACUUGCAUAUCGUCAAGUGUAUCUACCUUCUGUCACUACCUGUAGGGCUGCCAAAUAUUUCCCACCUUGAAAAAUUGUGGAUAGAGAACUGUCCUGCUAUCUGGUCACUUCGUGAGAGAUUGCCGACAUCCUUGAAACAACUGUGCAUACGAGAAUGCAGUCCAUUGCUGAAUAAUCGGUGCAAAAGGAUGGUAGGUUCAGAUUGGGACAAGAUCGAACAUAUUCCUUACAUAACUCUAGAUUCAGAGACAAUCCAAGCUCCUGCAGCUGUGCCCUCUUGCUAAGAGAAAUUGACAGAUGGGUCGGCAAGCUCUGCCCCAACAUAAAAUCAGGAGAUGAGUACAGGAACAUGUGAAUCACUUCUCAACAGCCUACUUUAGUGUUACUCUAAUUAUCAGUUUCUUCUUCAGAGCCAUGAUAUCGUGGAGUUCAAAGGAACAUCAUGAAAGACCAAAACAGGGGAUCAUAUGAAUGUUAUAACAACCAGAUAUAUUCAUAUCUGAUGAGAAGGAUGCUCGAUCAUGGCAGAUAGAAAACUUCCUUUGAAUAUAUCAUUUGGAUUCCCAGCUUUUUAUUGAGAAAAACGCUUGGGUGAAUGCUCCAUCAUGGCACUCUGAAAGCUUCAUUGAGUAUAUCACUUAAAUGUCUACCAGGCAUAGGCUGUUGCAAUAGCAUCAUCACUUGUUGCCUGCAUGCCUUAAUCUCACCAAUUUACUUGGCUUGGUGGGAAGAGGAUUAUAUAGCAAAUCUUUGUCUCCUAUGUUCUUGGCAGUGUAGCUCAUGAUUCAAAUUUUCAAAGAUGUGCCUAAUCUCUGCAUUUCCGAGCACCCAACAUUGUUUUGGCGACUUAUAAUUGAGGGCAUCACUCGGUACAGCAUCUAGAAUUUGGAGACUGACUUUUCUUGAGAAACUAAGUGAAUUCUGUGUCAGAAGGGGAACGGAUUCAAGAAAGUCUCAAUGACAACAGUGUUUUUUAUAAUUUUUAAGAUCUCAAAGUGUAAAGAAGAAACUAAGGAGGCCAAUUUGUUCAACAAGAAGCACCUUAGGGGUUUGCACUUAGCAUGGUAUGAUCCUAUCAGUAGUUGCCACCAACAUGAUGCAGAAGAGGAGGUCCUUGAAAUCCUCUGAAGUGAGAUAUUGCUUUUGUAUAAAAAAUUGUAAUGUGAUUCAUCUGUACUACCAAUUAGCAUGUAUCUACUAUAUGUCAUUGCAUUAUCAUGUUUGCAGCAGUAUCGAUAUUCUUUGA